AUGUUCUCGACCUUGACCCUUAUGGGCGAUGACCUUCCGCAGGCCAUCACACUGUCCAGGGCAGACGACUUCCCUGCCCGUCAGUAUCACUUUCCACGUGGUACUUAUCGAGGCAGACCGGACUGGGAGCCGUCACCACGUCCGAAGGACGGCAACCUAGCUUUGAAGCUGGGUGAGCGCAUUGCCGACGGCAGAUCCGCCGUGGUAUAUGCUGCUGAGGUUCUGACUACAUCGGAUGAGCACAACGUGCUCCGCCAUGACUCACUCCCGCCAGAAGAAACCCUCUGCGUCAAGAUUGCACGGCCCAAUCGCUGCCGCACGCUCGCGCGAGAAUCCUGGGUCUACAAUCAGAUUCACCGUGGCCACAUGCAGGGGAUCAUCACACCCUAUACCUACGGAUUCUUCACUGCCGACUUGUCUAGCCAGCAGUUAACAUUUCCGCUCUGGAAAAGUCAAGAUUUCAGCCUGGAGCAUCAUCCCGUGGAGUCGCGAGAUGAUUCCACUUGUGAUGAUUCUCUGCCAGACGAUGACCCACUGAUGGGCGACGAACACAGACCAGGCGGCAGAGAAUUCUCGUCAUGGUAUAGCUGGAAGCCAGACCCUGAUGCGCCACUGCUGGCCGUGCUUGUGAUGUCGCGUGGAGGAGCAACGUACACACUCGAGGACGAUGCGGACAAAACCAUGCAGGAAGACAUUCACGCAAUACUCGACGAUUUAUCAGACAUUUGUCUGUGGCACAACGAUUUACGGCCGAACAACCUCGUUCGCGCGCCCUGUGGUACGAAGCCAUGCGUAAAACACGGUCGUGUUCACACGUGGAACAUGAUCGACUUCGCCUGGGUUCUUGUCGACGAUAUAGACGGUGACCUGGACGAAUCGAAGUUGAAGACUAUACGAAACUUGCAGCACAUCUCGUACCAGAAUCAUUACUUUUGGACCGGUUCUUGUACUUGA